GCAGCAGUGCCCAGCCGGGGGCUUAUGGGAUUUACCAUUCUGAGGGAAAGAGGGGGGGACCUGAGUCGGUGGUCGCUCGUCUCUCAGAUGCACCCACCCACCCAUCUGUUCUCGGUGCGAGGGGCUGUUUUCAGUGCAGAGCGUCUGUUCCUCCACAAGCCUCUCUCCGUAUCUCCACACACCUGCAUUGCCUGCGUUGAGUGGCUGCUCUCCUCUUGUCUCGGUGCAGACAGCAGAAUUCAGCGAGGGAAUUUCUUUCACAGAGUAGCGCCACCGCGGCUCACAAUGGACAGUAUUGAGGGGAAACAUUGAUCAUCUUCACGGAAGGCUCGUUUGAAUGAAAUAAGAUUUGACAGGCGGUCUCGAGGCAGAGUAGAGAGCGAGCGAGUCUGUGCACUGAGCUCGGAGUCAGAGGUGUUCCCCAAAGCACGGCUGUCGCUGCUCCCAGGGAGACAAUAAAAACGCUUUCAAUCAUUUCACCGGAGGCUUGAGUUUGCCGUGCAGCUCUAGAUUAAAGCAAAGCAAGAAUGGAGGAAGACUUGGACGAGGGGCAGACACAAAAAGGGUGCUUCGAGUGUUGCAUCAAGUGCCUGGGCGGCAUUCCGUACCCGUCGCUGAUCGCCACCAUCUUGCUCUACGCGGGCGUGGCGCUCUUCUGCGGCUGUGGCCAUGAAGCUCUUUCCGGCACCGUCACCAUCCUCCAGAACUACUUUGAGGUGGUCCGAGGACCAAUGGACUCUCUGGACGUCUUCACUAUGAUUGACAUCAUCAAAUACGUGAUCUACGGAAUUGCAUCGGCUUUCUUUGUGUACGGCAUCCUGCUGAUGGUGGAGGGCUUCUUCACGACUGGGGCCAUCAGAGACCUGUAUGGAGACUUCAAGAUCACCACCUGCGGCCGCUGUGUCAGCGCUUGGUUCAUCAUGCUGACCUACAUCUUCAUGCUGGCCUGGCUGGGAGUGACGGCCUUCACCUCCCUCCCCGUCUUCAUGUACUUCAACAUCUGGACCAUCUGUCAGAACACCACGGCCGUGGAGGGCGCCAACCUGUGCCUGGACCUGCGCCAGUUUGGAAUCGUGACAAUCGGAGAGGAGAAGAAGGUCUGCACAGGGUCUGAGAAGUUCUUCAAAAUGUGCGAAUCGAAUGAGCUGGACCUGACCUUCCACCUGUUCAUAUGCGCUCUUGCUGGAGCUGGAGCUGCCGUCAUCGCCAUGAUUCACUAUCUGAUGGUGCUCUCUGCCAAUUGGGCUUACGUGAAGGAUGCGUGCAGGAUGCAAAAGUACGAGGAUAUCAAAUCUAAGGAGGAGCAGGAGCUUCACGAUAUUCACUCCACCCGCUCCAAAGAGCGGCUGAACGCCUACACAUAGAGCGCACGCUGGUCCCCGCCUCGCUUCCUUCAGUAGGGGGGUGGGGCGGGGCUACACUGAGCUUAUGGGUGUGUCUCAGUAAGGUGGUCAGGGGGACCGUCGUCGCCCUAACAGCGUUCCUGACGACCGCUCUUUACCUCUUUCCAGGACUGAGCUUUUUUUUCUUCUUUUAUUCUACUACUGCCUCGGUUUCAGAUUCACUUCAGAGACGACAAAUCUCAGUCCUUUCAUUUCCCAGUAAGUGACGUGUCAUCCCACGGCAAACUGUCAUGGCAUUUUAUGACUUAAUCUGUAGUGCGAUUUAUUUCCCACGGCGAUACUCAUUUCUGUUUGUUUUGAUGGGAGGUUGCCUGGGGUUAGCUUCCAACACAUUUCCAAAGGGUCACGCGAUCUAUGUGACACCUCACACAUAAACAGGUCAUCUUUUUUUAUUCCGAAACCAAAAUGUCAGCGAAUUUGUAUAGGCGAACAUUUGAACGAGAAGCACCAUCCUUAUGAAAAACCGGUGUUAAGCAUUGGUGUCGAAAUGUCACACCUUUGUGCCAUUUGUUAUGUAACUAUAGUAAGUGCCAGAUUUGCAUCAAAUAGUUACGCCAAAGAACUUUACCCCAUAUUUUGCCCCAAAGUGAAGUUCAUUACCAUAUAUUUGCUGAGGGGGCCUUUGCAUGGCCCUGUAUUGUGUUGUUUUGAAGAUAUGAAUUACGUCAAUUUAAACAUACGAAUUUAGCCCAAAUUCCACUUAGGCAUAUAAGGCAGGUCGCAAUGCAUAACGCAUUUACGCCUGGUGAUGUCGGGUUGGCAUAAAUGUACGGAUUCUUUUCCAGCGUAUUCUUCCCUUGCUGGUUAAUGCAAUGGAUUUAACUGUACCAUAAAGUGGCUUCUUUACAUGCUGUCUUAGCUUGACCAAACUGGAUAUUUGUAUUAUAAUUAUUAUUUUUUGCUCAGUGUGCCAAGCCGGUUUUAAAAAUGUUAUGGUGGUAAAUGUCAAUAUGAGUGUGAGCAACGGAAGGGAGCGACCGCUAACAUGGCACGUCGAAGGAAUGAUAAAGGUGCUUUACAGGUAAGUGGAACCAAGCAUAUAUGAGCCCAUUCUCAUCAGUCAGCCUUUUAGGGUUUGCCUUGGACAGACUCUGGAUAAUUAUAUUUUCAUUCAUUGCAAGCCAUACACUCACAUGCAAAUAAUCUUUUUAUGGUAUUUUGUUUAUUUGUUUUCAAGUAGAAUUUUUAAAAUACAGACACAGUUAAAAGCAGUUAAUUUUUGGCAGUAUUCUGCACUGUAUAUAUCUAUGUAGAACUAUUUACGUAUAAGACAAGCACUUAAUUUCAGGUCAUUUCAUAGGAUCUUUAAAAAAAAGCACAUCUCAGUGGUUGGGUGAUAUUCCAGUUAAAUGUAUACACCUGUUUAAAUAUCAGUUUUUAAAAGUGACAAAAUCAAGGUGAGCUAGUGAUUAUAUCCUUUUGGUGGUGCUAAAGUGUAAAGGGAUUGUCACAUCUGAGAGAUAAAAAAAAAUGUUAAGCUAUUUACUGUACAACAUUAAAUGUCGCUCAAAAAAUAUCUGCCAGGUUAUGGGACAGGUUUUAAGUCUGUCUUGCCUACUCAUACUGCUAUAGGACUGCAGUGGUGUCACGUCAUUUCGUUGCCUGGCAACUCUCGUUUUGUCAGUGUUUCAGAAAACUAGUUUUGUGCACUUAUUAAACCAUUGUGAGCUCUUUCUUGGUGUAAGUGCAUUUCUCUUCAUAUCAAAGCUGAAUCUGUAAUAUAACUAGUCAUUCAACAUUGGUUAUGAACAAAUCUCGUAUUAGGUAAAGACAGUGAAUCUAGUUGUUAUUUGUGGCAUGGUUAUGCAUUAAAUGGUAAUAGUUUUACUGAUUCAAUUUUAUUUCCUUUUUUUACACUUUGACUGUCUUGCUGGGUCAACUGUGUUAUUAUAUGUGCAGUAUUACAGUUCCUAUGCUAACAGUAUUAUGGGAAAUGAUAUUAGGUUGUAGUGUUUGAUUAGAUGUCUCUCUAUAGUUUGUGAUGAUUUCCAAACCAUGUCUGAAACUGAUACUUGUAAUGGUGUUGCGUAUUCAGUAUUAACCUGACGAUGCUUUUUGGCGUUCUCCUUGUAUUAGUCUUUUUUGUAUUUUCACACAGAUUGCUUUGUAGGAGUCUAUACGAUGAAUCUGUUUUGUACAUAAAUGUGCCAACAGCUUGACGGUGGCUUUUUUGAACUGUAGGAACAAAUUGCUUGCAUAAAUAAAAUACACUGUGUACUUGUUAAUAAUUCA